CUCUGUCCCUCCCUUCCUCUCGUCUCCACCACCAACUCAACCCACUGCCUCUUCCCCCUCCGCUGCGGACCUGCUGGAGCCACUGCAGUGAAUCCGUCAUCCGUCGACUGAAAGACCGAGAAGACAAAUCCGAGCGGUUCCGAUCACCGACAGCGCAAGAGCGACCCGUUAAAUUCGUGAGAUUCUGCACAAGGCGAAGAAGAGCCGACCGACAGUAUGGGAAACGAGGCGAGUUAUCCCUUGGAAAUGUGCUCACACUUUGACGCUGAUGAGAUUAAAAGACUUGGAAAGCGGUUUAAGAAACUCGACCUGGAUAACUCGGGUUCUCUCAGCGUGGAGGAGUUUAUGUCUCUGCCCGAGUUACAGCAGAACCCGCUGGUGCAGCGAGUCAUCGAUAUAUUUGACACAGAUGGCAAUGGAGAAGUAGACUUCAAAGAGUUCAUUGAGGGCGUCUCUCAGUUCAGCGUCAAGGGCGACAAGGAAAUGAAGCUCCGCUUUGCAUUUAGGAUUUAUGACAUGGAUAAGGAUGGCUACAUAUCCAAUGGCGAGCUGUUCCAGGUGCUGAAGAUGAUGGUAGGAAAUAACCUGAAAGACACUCAGCUGCAGCAGAUUGUCGACAAAACCAUCAUCAAUGCAGACAAGGACGGAGAUGGGAGGAUAUCAUUUGAGGAGUUCUGCGCUGUGGUUGGCGGCUUAGAUAUUCACAAAAAGAUGGUGGUGGACGUGUGAAGAGACAGACAGGCCCUUCAGUGAACACCCUCUUUUUCACUUCUCCAUUUUCUGAGAAUCAGCUCCAGAUGUUCCGCUAACAUGCUGUCUCUCUCUCUCUCUCUGUCGCUCUCUCUCUCUCUCUCUCUCUCUCAAUGGAAGUAUUUCUCUGAAUGAUGCCUCUGUACCCGUCUGUACUCCCUGAGCCUUGUGACGCCAGCCAUCCUAAGUGUUAGAGAGCAUGAGAUUGUUCUGUCCAAAUUCUCGGGUAUUUAAGGACAGUUGGAGAGACUACCGAGCGAUUCAGUUUGACGGAGAAGGAAAAAAGGAGGGUGUGUCUGUGCGUGUGUGUGCGCGUGCGUUAUUUUGUGUGUGCGUUUGUAUGCACAUGUUGGUUCUUUUUUUGCUUUUUGGGGGUUGUGUUUUAUUUAUUUUGGUCCUGUCUUUUUUUUUUUAUGCUUUAAGUCUCAAGUAUAUGUGAGUGAGCGAGAGAUAUGACUCGAGACUUGAUUUCAGUGCAACACGCUUCAAGCAUGAAGUGCCAAUGAAAACAUAUGUGGGAUUUAACAAUAGCUGAAUAUUUAAAUCGCUAUCUAAUGUUCAUGUUAUCGGGCAAUUGAAAAGAUACAUUAACAUAAGGUUAUUAACAGGCUUAUUGCUUUUUUCCCCUCCUGUUUUAGGCAACAACAACAAAGAUAAUUUUGGUUUGCUUUGAUCUAAUUGCUUCUGAGAAAAUGCAAAUUUGAUUCACAUUUUCUACCAAGAAUGUGUGUAUGUAUGUAGAAGUGUGCUGUGUUUAUAUUGUCAGGGAGUUCAUCUACAGUCUUGCUUUCUGAUAUACAUUAGGCUAGGAACAAAGCAAAUAUAUUUGAAGUUGUGCAUAUAUGUGGUUUACUAUUAAGACACAAAUGUAGAGUUCUGGCAAACUUUUAAAACCCUUCAUUUUUGCCAAGAGUUUGCUGCCGGUUCAUCACUAUCGGUGAAGAGCUGCAAACCUCUGGCAAACAUUUGCAGCAAAUCGCAAGUUCGUUUGCAUGUUAAAUUAAUUAUUUGCUGCAAUUUUGCCUGAACUCUAGAUUUGUUGUUAGGGAGGUGUUUUAUUGCUGGGGGGGUCAAAUCACACCUCAUGUAACUAACUGUAGGAUGGAACAGUGCCAUCAGUUAAUUUCUGAACUUUUUUAUGUGUUUUCUGAAUUUAAAGCAAAACAAAGUAAUAUUGAUUUACCUCUCAACAUUAUAGUUACAUAUUCUCCAACUUGACUGCAGGCAGCAUUGUAAAGAUCUUCGUAGCUCAUGUUUGUAUAUUAGGGUUCAAUGGACGGAUCGUGUGUCAUGUGAGUUCGGGUUUUUUCUAAGCUGUAAUUGAGUCCGUUCGCAGCAUGUCAUCGAAAAGCUAUCGUGAGUAGACAAAACCAGUUCUGACUGACCUUCAGGAAUAUCCGCACAUCAAGUUUCUCUCUUUUUCUCCAUUUCAGUUAAAACGCAGACAUGUGUGAUUCGAUUGUUUUAACAAAAAGAGUACAAAUUAAACGAUGAGAAUACGGAUUAAUGAACUCGCAGCAUCUUUCUGCUCCGCUAUUUUUGCUUCAAAUGUGGUUUUCCCGCGCAAACCGGCGUCGCGCGCCUGCCAUUGCACGGUGAUGGCUCUUUAAUGUCUUACCCAAAGACCCAUGUUUUCUUUGUGAUGCGCUUGCAUGAUACGAUGUCUUUAUUUGCUUUCUGUUGUGCAUGUAGAUCUGAUUUUAUGGGGGAAAAGAUUCUCUUGUUUACAUAAAAAUCGUACUAUUGAGAUAUUAUAAUCUGAACGACAGUUACAUAUAAAUAUAUGGACGUUGCCAAACUUUUGGUAAAUGUUUAAAUAUGGAAGUGAUUUUAAAGUGAGUUUCUUCACUACAUUUAUCCAUAAUAAUUAUUAUUAUUAUUGUUCUGAAAAGCAAUGUGUUAUUCUGGAUCGGUUUCACUCCCAGCGAAACUUCAUUUUCCCCUUCCUUUUAAACAGGUUCUGUUAAAAAGUAGGGGUUGUGUUUAUUAUUAUGAUUAUUUUUUCCUUCUUUCCGUUCAUGAUUGGGUUGAAUUGUUUUGUACAGAAUAUGUGUUAUAGUGCUCCUAUAUUUUGGUUUUGUAUUUCUUUAGCUGGGGGUCAGACAGCCAUCUGUUUAACUUUGGCAUGGCCUGGGCAGGAUAGUGAGAUUGGUUUUGGACAAAGGAAAAAUUUCAAGUGAAUGAAAACUUUUCGCUUUUCGGUUUAACGUUUUGUUUCUUCAUUUCUCUGCAUGCUGCGUCAUAUGCUGUGGGAACCAUUGAAAUGUCUUUAAUGAAAAUGAGAAAUAAAAUAUUUGAGACUUGUAAAACUG